AUUUUUAAGGAAAAAUCUUUAGUCAACAUGAUUUAUCACUAAAAAAACAGUUUUAUAGGACAAGGAGAUCGCUGUGUAAAUUUCAGAAUAUUGUUCAACAAUCGAGACAAGUUCAAAUCAGUAUAAUUAAUACAAAUCGAGUGAAAGCAUUCAAGUCUCCAACUACUUCACCGCUCAUCCGCACGGCUUCUUCAAAUCCGCGUCGAAGUCGAAGCAAGUUGAUAAGCUUCACCACCGUCACAGAUGGGCAAGUAUAAGGUCAUGAAACCGGCGAAGGAGGUUGAUGUUUCUGCUGUCAAAUAUAAAGAAGAAGACAUCAAAGCCCCUCAUUUGACUGGCUUUUUGUUCAAGCUGUUCGUUAACAUGCUUGAGACACCACUUAUCGGCUCAUCGAUUGUUGACUCGUUGAAGAAGAACAAUGGCAUGACCGAGAUGUUUCGCAACACUGUCGUUCCAGAAGAGCCUAUGUUUAGACCCGAGUUCCCACCUCAAAAAGCGGAGCAUGAUGUUGUCAUUGUUGGCGAAGAUGAAAGCCCUGUAGACAUAUUGGAAAUAGCCUUGAAGUGUCUUCCUCAAUAUGAUCCUUCUCGCAGCUUCCGCACAGAUCCAAGUUCAUCCUUCCGUUACUGGAAGAUACGUGAUUACGCUUUUGCUUAUAGAUCUAAGCUGACAGCUCCAUCUGUGGUAGCAGAGCAAAUAAUCUCAAUCAUAGAGGAGUUUAAGUAUGACAAGUCUCCAACACCAUAUUUGAUUACCUUUGACGCCAGUGAAGUCAGAAAGCAAGCUUCGGCUUCUACGCAGAGGUUUGAAGAAGGAAAACCAAUAUCCAUUUUAGAUGGGAUUUUUGUGACAAUCAAGGACGAUAUUGAUUGUUUUCCCCAUACUACAAAGGGUGGAACAACAUGGCUGCAUGAAGAUCGUUCCGUGGAGAAGGAUUCAGUAGUUGUUUCAAGACUUCGCAGUUGCGGUGCAAUCUUAAUUGGCAAGGCAAAUAUGCAUGAGAUAGGCAUGGGGACAACAGGGAACAAUUCGAAUUACGGAACUACAAGAAACCCACACGCACCUGAAAGGUACACAGGCGGAUCUUCCUCAGGUUCAGCAGCUAUUGUUGCCUCUGGACUAUGUUCAGCUGCUCUAGGAACAGAUGGCGGAGGUUCUGUUCGCAUCCCUGCAUCGCUUUGUGGUAUAACGGGACUGAAAACAACAUAUGGUCGGACAGAUAUGACAGGGUCAUUAUGUGAAGGUGGAACAGUGGAAAUUAUUGGUCCACUUGCUUCAUCCGUGGAAGAUGCUCUCUUGGUGUAUGCAGCAAUCUUGGGUUCUUCAUCUGCUGAUAGACUUAACUUAAACCCAACGCCACCCUGUUUUCCGAAGUUAAUGUCUCACAACGGAGGCAGUGCUAUAGGAUCUCUACGACUAGGGAAAUAUACAAGGUGGUUUAAUGAUGUUAAUUCAAGUGAAAUCUCCGACAAAUGCGAAGACAUCCUUAAGCUCCUAUCAAACAAUCAUGGUUGCGAAGUAGUGGAAAUAGUGGUUCCUGAACUAGAAGAGAUGCGUGCAGCUCAUGUUGUGUCCAUCGGAUCUGCGGCACUGCGUUCUCUUACUCCUUACUGUGAGGCUGGGAAAAAUUCAAAAUUAUCUUAUGAUACUCGCACCAGCUUUGCGAUCUUCCGGUCUUUCUCUGCUUCAGACUAUAUUUCUUCUCAAUGUAUUAGGCGAAGAUUGAUGGAGUAUCACAUGGAUAUCUUCAAAGACGUUGAUGUUAUUGUGACCCCUACAACUGGCAUGACAGCCCCCGUGAUACCCCCUGACGCUCUGAAAAAUGGAGAAACCAAUUUUCAAGUGACAGCUUAUUUGAUGCGAUUUGUUGUAGCUGCAAACCUCCUGGGCUUCCCAGCCAUAUCUGUACCCAAAAAAAAAACGCAGGUUGGGUAUGAUAAGGAAGGGCUUCCAAUAGGAUUACAAAUAAUGGGAAGACCUUGGGCUGAAGCUACCGUCCUUGCUUUAGCUGCUGCUGUUGAGGAACUUGCUCCAGUUACCAAGAAGCCUGCUGUGUUUCACAAUCUUCUCAAUACAAACAGAGUCCAUACUGAUUUGUCAGAGAAGUGAAAAGGCAAAGAGUUCUCUCUGAAUGGGAUAUCAUUUAUCUCCAUUACAUUUGAUUGAUUGGUGUGUAUUUUCAGGUUAAGUAACCUGACAUUGUUUAUAAAGAUUAGAAGCAAUAAGUUGUCUUGUAGCUGCAGAUAAGACCAAUGGACGAUUGUUUUGCUAUAAAACGUGUUGUAUAUUUAUGAUUGAUAAAUUUGAAAAAGAGAUGUAUACUGUGCGUA